AGUAUACUUUAAUUUGCAGCAUUUUUGCUUGGUUGGAAUCACUUCUAAGUUUAUUAGUGUUUUUACCAAUUUUUCGCAAUGAAUGAUGAAGAUGUUGUCUACCCUGCUGACGAUCAAAGUUUUAAAGAUUUUAAAUCAAUGGUAGAAGAAGAGGUGGGAUGGGAGAUCUGCUACAAUAAGAAGAAUGUCUGUGUCUCGACGAGGAACCAGGCAAAUUCAAAUGUUAAGCUCCUAAAGGCAGUGACGUCAUUUAGCGAUGUGUCAGCUGCCACAUUAUUUGAUGUUGUACAUGACACUGAAUACAGGAGAAAAUGGGACCAUGAUAUGAUAGAAAUGAAGGAAAUAUGCAAACUGUGUGUUAAUAACACAGUCUCAUACUAUGCAGUAAAAUGUCCCACCCCAGUGAAGUCCAGAGAUGUAUUAUUCCUAUGUUCGUGGAUUGCCUACCCCAGCAUGAGGGACCCAAAAGAAUAUUUAAUGAUCAACAAAUCUGUUUCACACAGCGACUACCCACCCAGAAAUAAUAUGGUGAGAGCAAUCUCAUUGGUUACUGGAUAUUUAAUUCGACCCACUGGACCAAAUUCUGCUGAGUUUUUAUACUUAACUCAUUUUGACCCGCGAGGUUCUCUUCCUAAGUGGGUGGUGAACAAGGUGGCUGAGUUUUUUACUCCAAAGGUAAUCCAUCGUAUCCACAAAGCUGCGAAGAAAUACGGAGCUUGGAAGAACAAGCACAGCGCCAACUUCAAGCCAUGGUUGUGGCCGGAACAGUGUCGGCUUCCAACCGCUAAGCCUGGAAAAUUAUCCGCGAGGGUUGAAAAAGUUGAAAUUAUUGACGAAACUGCUCUUUCUGAGGACAGCGCCGCUAACGGACGUGACCCUGAAGAGAUUAGCGACGACGAGGAUGUGUGACCUUUUCAACUUUGACCUCGUGGACCCUCGUGCCUUCUCUUUAGGCAACUACCCACUUAAUAUUCAACGUUUCAUUCUCGUCUGUUGGUUACUUUAAAAAAUAUUCAAUUAUCCCACUUUUAAAAUUUCAAAAAAAAAUUUUUAUGUGUGCAAUAGCCGAGAGAGCCCGCGUUCUUUCGGCUCGGAUUUUAUACACGCGUUUGCAAUGGUUUCGGUACGUUUAGUCUGUGUUCCUCUUUUUCUGUUAAAACUAACUUGUAUACAAAGAAUUGACCAGUCUAUUAUAACCGCACAUGUUUAAAGAACGUUAUUUCCGUGAAUAAUCUUUAUAUUGUUGUCACCUCGUAGCAGUUCCUAGAUUUUAGAAUCAUUUUAUAAAAUCUCACGUUUCAUUUGCUUGUGUGACCCUCCGAAUAUCUCUUAUACCUUGUAGUUUACUUUGCUGUAGUUUUUUCUGGUACAUUCGAGCGCUGUACAAUCAUCGUUCAUAGCGACCCUGCACAUUUCUUCAUUUGUACAAACUACCAACCAACACAACCGAACUGGCACAAUUUUUGCUUUUAUUUUUUGCAUCCGAAUAUAUGUGUCCCAAUUUUUGGUGGUGGUGCUUCUGACGAUCAGAACUUAAUUUUUGUUUCAUUAUUACCGUGUCAUAUUCCACAUGCUCUUUGCACGCGUUUUACGUUACCCGUAAAGUAAGGUUUGAUACAUAAUGCAGUGGCGCCACCUAGCGGUGUUCCAAAUAAAUUAUUUUCAAUUGCA